AUGUUGUCCUCUAGAGUUCUGCGGAACGCUGUUCCACGCGCCACAUCCACCCUCAGAUCAUCAGCAUACCGCGCGCCUCUAACGCAAUUCCGAAGAGGAUAUGCCGAGGACACGAAUGCUGAUGGCGGCAAGGUCAAGGGCCCCAUCAUUGGUAUCGAUCUGGGUACCACCAACUCUGCAGUCGCUGUCAUGGAGGGCAAGGCGCCGCGUAUAAUAGAAAACUCCGAGGGUGCGCGCACAACGCCAUCAGUUGUUGGCUUCACCAAGGAGGGCGAGCGAUUAGUCGGUAUCUCCGCAAAGCGCCAGGCCGUUGUCAACCCCGAGAACACACUCUUUGCCACCAAGCGUUUGAUCGGACGAAAGUUCUCAGACGUCGAGGUUCAGCGCGACAUCCAGCAGGUGCCCUACAAGAUCGUUCAGCACACCAACGGUGAUGCAUGGCUCGAGGCUCAGGGCCAGCGCUACUCGCCUUCGCAGAUUGGUGGUUUCGUUCUUGGAAAGAUGAAGGAGACCGCCGAGGCCUUCCUCGGGAAGAACAUCAAAAAUGCCGUCGUCACCGUCCCCGCAUACUUCAACGACCAGCAGCGACAAGCUACCAAGGAUGCUGGUCAGAUUUCCGGUCUGACCGUCCACCGUGUAAUCAACGAGCCCACCGCAGCUGCCUUAGCUUACGGUCUUGAGAAGGACGACCGUGUUAUUGCGGUCUAUGAUCUUGGUGGUGGUACCUUCGAUAUCUCCGUUCUGGAAAUCUCCAACGGUGUCUUUGAGGUCAAGGCUACCAACGGUGACACUCACCUUGGUGGUGAGGACUUCGACAUCACCCUCGUCCGCCACCUUGUCCAGCAGUUCAAGAAAGAGCAAGGAAUUGAUCUCUCUGGCGACCGCAUGGCUAUCCAGCGUAUCCGUGAAGCCGCCGAGAAGGCCAAGAUUGAGCUGUCGUCUUCUGUUCAGACUGACAUCAACCUUCCUUUCAUCACCGCCGACUCUUCCGGACCUAAGCACAUCAACACAAAGAUGACCCGCUCGCAGCUCGAGGGACUUGUUGACCCACUCAUCAACCGCAYCGUCGACCCCGUCCGCAAGGCACUCAAGGAUGCCGGCCUCAAGGCCACUGACAUUCAGGAUGUCAUUCUUGUCGGUGGUAUGACUCGUAUGCCAAAGGUCAUUGAGUCCGUCAAGAGCAUCUUUGGCCGUGACCCAGCCAAGUCUGUCAACCCAGAUGAGGCUGUCGCUAUUGGUGCCGCGAUCCAGGGUGGUGUGCUCGCUGGUGAGGUCACCGACCUCCUCCUCCUCGACGUUACUCCUCUCUCCCUCGGAAUUGAGACCCUCGGCGGUGUCUUCACUCGUCUGAUCAACCGCAACACCACCAUUCCAACCAAGAAGUCGCAGACGUUCUCUACUGCCGCUGACUUCCAGUCCGCUGUUGAGAUCAAGGUCUACCAGGGUGAGCGUGAGCUUGUCCGCGACAACAAGAUGCUCGGCAACUUCCAGCUUGUUGGUAUCCCACCCGCCCACCGUGGUGUCCCUCAGAUUGAGGUCACCUUUGACAUUGACGCCGACUCGAUCGUCCACGUCCACGCCAAGGACAAGUCCACCAACAAGGACCAGUCCAUCACAAUUGCAUCUGGCUCUGGUUUGAGCGACGAUGAGAUCCAGGGCAUGGUCAACGACGCCGAGAAGUACGCCGCUCAAGACAAGGACCGUAAGGGUGCCAUUGAGGCCGCCAACCGUGCCGACAGCGUUGUGAACGACACCGAGAAGGCACUCAAGGAGUUCGAGGAGAAGCUCGACAAGACCGAGGCCGACUCUAUCCGUGAGAAGAUCACCUCCAUGCGCGAGUUCAUCGCCGCCAACCAGACUGGUGAGGGCGGUGCCACCGCCGAGGAGAUCAAGGCCAAGACCGAUGAGCUCCAGAACGCAUCUCUCACUCUCUUUGACAAGAUGCACCGCGCGAGACAGGAGAGCCAGGCUUCGUCUGAGCAGCCUGCUGGUGAGCAGUCUUCCGGCGAGCAGCCCAAGCAGGAGGGCGAGGGUGAGAAGAAGCCUUAA